UCAACCCCGCCCGCCCGCCGCAUCACGUGACGUGACGUCACUACAGCGAGUCGCCUUGAGUGGUACAGUAGAGUACUGUAGUCGUCGUUCGCUCCCCCCCUCUCCCUCCUCCUGUUAUAUUCUGAAUCAAGAUUCCGUUGUAGUUUUACGAAUGUAAUAAACAAGCACGUCAAAUUAUUUAAAGAGCCACUGUCGGCACGCGUGGGCAAGAGCGAGUGGCGGCGUCCGUUCGGAACACCCGUAAGAUCAGGGCCUCCUACUGUCGUGUACAUUCCGUGGGUUAUUUCAGGGGUCCCCCAACCCCCGGGCCGCGGACCGGUACCGGUCCGUGGCCUGUUAGGAACCGGGCCGCACAGCAGCAGGUGAGAGCGAUCUCAGGAUGUCUCGCCUGCCGUGCAUUGACAAGCGUCUGCUGAGGAACGUAAUCCGGCACACGGACGCCCACAACAAGAUGCAGGAAGUGAGCAUCAUGUGGAAGCAGCGGCAGAUGCAGACGUUCACCGAGGACGGCGGCGUCCGACGGAAACGGAGGCGCAUGGCCUCUCCCGUCCUUGGAAGAAGCCACAUGCGGUGCGACGGCUACGACGACGACGACGAAGAUGCGGCGGCGACGACGGCGACGACGGCGGCGGAGGCGAGCGACGAUGGAAGAAGGUGGCGUCGGAGACUCCACGAGGCGGAGGCACCAAAUCCCGACCGGUGGGGACACGCUGGAUUCUGGGAGCUCUACCCCAGCGAUUACCGCCCACCGCUUAACAAAAGGAUAAAAGCAAGGAACGGUCCACUCCGGCACUUCUCGUCGUCAUCGUCGUCAUCCUCCUCGUCAACCUCCAAUGAAGCGGCCGCGCGGCGCUGCGGUAGCGGCGAGAGACGGACUCGGAAGAAGAAGAAGCGCAAAGAGAAGCGCGGAGAGAAGCGACGACGCAAACGCAGGCGGAGCGCGGAGGAGCGCGGAGGAGACGGCGGCUGCGACGAACGCGAGGGCAGAGCGGAGCGCCGUCGCGAGCGCCGAGACAGACGCUCGGGCGAGCGGAGGGACGGCCGCAGCGACGACGGAGAGGGCGGCAAGAAGAAGAAGAAGAAGCGACGGCGGCGGCGGCUCGAGGGGGCCCGGCCUGGGGGUCACGACCCCUAGGGCUAUUCCCUAAACUGUUGGGCAGUGGCGGGGUGCUUGACGCAUCUGGCACGCGACUUGUUUUUCGCACUGCCCGCGGCCGCACGUCGAGGCCUACCCCCUGGCAAAGAGCCCGCAGAAGACUGAAACCGUUUACUUUUAUUGAACGAUUUUUAUUUUGCCAGGUAAGACCGACCUGCUUUUUCAGAAGCGACCUGACCACAAAUGAAAGCUCAACAAAGUGGCUUAUCGCGUGGAAAUUUACAGCAGCCAAUUACUCUAAGCGCGU